UACAGGGCAAAUAUGAGAUGGAGAUGAAGGACAUGAGGAAGAGACUCGAGGAAGAAAAACAAAGAGCAGAAGAGGAGAGAAAGAAAAUGGAGAAUAAACUAAAGCUGAAAGAGGAAAAACUCAGAAAAGAGUUUGAAGAGAAGGAGAAAACAGAUCAGAAGAAAAGAGAGAUUGAAAACCAGAAACGAUCAGAAGAGGAAAAACAGCAGAGAGCUGAAUAUGAUCAGAGAAUAGAAGAAAUGAAGAGAGAGAUUGAUAAUCAGAGAUCACAGUAUGAACAACAGCAGAAAGAAAGAGAAGAAGAAGACAGAAAGAGAGAAGAGAAAUACAGACAAGACCAAGACAAGAUGAAAAGUGAACAAGUGAGAAUUAUAGAAGAAUUAAAGACGAAACAUGAAGAAGAAACAAAACUGAGAUAUUUGGAGAAGAAAAGAAGAAAUGAAGAAGAAGAGGAGGAAAGACAGAGAUGGAAAAUAAAAAUAAAAGAAGCUGAAAAUGACAGAAAAGAGACACAGGACGAAAUUAAACGACAGCAGAGAGAAUGGGAGGAUGAGAUGAAGAGAAGGUUGAGAGAACAAGAGGAAGAAGAAAGAAAAGAGAAACACGAAGAACAACUGAGAGAAAAACAAGAAGAACUGGAGAAAAUGAGAAAGAGAUUUGAAGGAGAAAGAGAAGAAGAA